UAAUUUGGCGCAAGCAAGCGCUUGGUAUGCUUGGUAUUAUUUCUGUGCUUGUUAAUGCAAACUGAAUAAUUAAGCAAUUAUAGUAAUGAAAAUAAGCGCAAUUAAAACAGAUAUAGACAUGCAAAAUGCUGAUGAUGUUCAUAAAUCAAGUGUGGCAAUGGAGAAAGCAAAUACAGACUCCAUAACACCAACGCUAAGUAAAUCUGAGCUGCAAUCCUCAAACAAAAUUAAACGCUUUCCCGGAAAUUUGCUGCUUCGGAAUUUACUAAACGACGCCGAGUCGGCCACGGACAGUAGUGAGCAGCAAACGGAAAAUGAACAGCACAACACAGCAGAAAUGCGGCAAACACCGCAAACGCCAGAAGAAACGACAACUGGAGAAAAACAACGAGCAAGAACACAACAUAGAAAGCGUGACUUGAUAAAUUUGCAGUCAAACUUGAGCCCCAAAUACAUUGGCUAUGCCAAUGCCAACUCCCCUAUUACCACUAUGUCUGACAAUUCAGACAAAAUGCGCACAACACGUCGACGUAAUCAGCCUCUAAACAGCAGCUGUGAACUUAAUGCCAGAGAUAGGGACAGCGAUGUGGCCUCGCCCAAGAGCUACGUAACGGCUGCGGCUGCUGUCUACAUGAGUCCCAUUGAUAAGCUGCUCAUAAAAAAUGGCGCCAAUUCACCCAACAGCACGGGCUUCGAGGCCGACGCUGAGGAUGUGGCAUUGGUGAAUCCAGCACGCAAACAGCUCAAGCGUAAACUGAAACGUGGUCCAAAGCAAAAGAUUAAGAGCACUGGGGCUGAUGAUGCAGCCAAUAAAUCGAGUGUAGAUCCAAAUGUGGAGGAGCAACUGCAGCGUACAGAGGGUAUAAUGGAAGCGAGUCCUGGCCAACCUGAGCUGCCAAUCAAAGUUGAGCCAAUGGAAGAGGCCGAACAAAAAAUAAACGAGUCUGAUGACCAAAAUGAACCAAAGCUAAAAGUUGAGGAAAUUAAAGAUGCUGACCACGGCCCGGGAGAGUCUACGGCGAUCGACGUUGAACCAUUGUCAUCUCCACCAGAUCAUAUAGAGCCCGCCAACAAUAGCGAGCAAUCGAUCAAAUCGCCCUCAUCGAUCAGUUUAGAUAGUGCAAAGGGUUCAUCCAUUGUCACCGAUGCGGGCUGGCCCACCUAUCAGGUGGGUGAUCUCUAUUGGGGCAAGCUGUUUACCUAUUGCUACUGGCCCUGCAUGGUAUGUCCGGAUCCGUUGGGUCAGAUUGUGGGCAAUCCACAGACGCAUCCGCAACGCAAGUCCACGGACAGUGCGCCCGGAGCGCCGAUGCCAAUACAGGUGCAUGUUCGCUUCUUUGCCGAUAAUGGUCGCCACAAUUGGAUCAAGUCGGAGAAUCUGUUGCCCUUCGCCGGCCUCAAAGCAUUUCAAGAUCUGCGCGAAGAGGUGCGCAUCAAGCUCGGGCCUCGUAGCACCAAAUACCGCCAAAUGGUGGCAAAACAGAAUAAGCUGCACGUGUGGCACCAAGCCAUCGACGAGGCAGACAUUGUUGCUCAGCUGCCGUAUGCAGAGCGCAUGCAAAAGUUCUUUGACCUCUACGAAUCAGCCAUCACUCAGAACAGGGAGAAACGCAAGCAAUCGAAGUCCGUCCGUCACGACACCUCCGAUGUGGGUAGCAGCCUGUAUGACUCCACCGAUAAUUUGCUGGCCAAGUCCACGUCUACGGGUCAGCUGGUGGCCGUUAAGAGAGAACGUUCCUCCACGCCGUUCAGUCCGGCCUAUUCGCCCGUCAAGCACAAUCACCAGAAACGUGCAAAGCGCCGCAAGCUCAGUGGCAACGUUGAGGCCCAAGUGGGAUACACAUCUUCUGUUCCGGAUGCUUCUGCGGAAAAGAUGCAUUCACCUGACUUGGUUAACUAUAAGAAUCCAGAGUUUGGUCAACUGUUCGAUGCGGUCAAGGAGUACGUGAUGGUCCAUCGGCAGGAGGAGAAAGUUGAAAAGGUACUGCUAGCGGUAGUCCGUAACAUUUGGUCACUUAAGCAGCUGCAGCUGCGCGAACUGGAGCGAGAUUUGGCCAAUGGCGAUGAAGAGCUGUUGGGAUCGGCUCGCCUAGGCGCGGAACGCGGACGUGGCGCUGGAACAAUAAAGCGUCUCUCGAAUCGUCUAAAGACCAUGAUGCUGCGACGCAGUCUAACACCGGUUGUUCCAUCCCACUCAAGUGCAGCUGCAUCCCACUCAACACUGCAUACCCCAGAGUUAAUGGAACCGGAUCGACAACUCGCGGAGCAAAACAAAGUGAAAAAACCCAUUGGCAGAGCCAUUGAAGAAGUGAUCGACGAUAUUCUGCAGCUGGACCGCAAAUAUCUUUUUCGUGGUCUGAAUCGCGAGCCUGUCUGCAAAUACUGCUACGAGCCGGGCGGCGAUAUACAGCGCUGUUCACUCAACUGCAACACCUGGUUGCAUGCCACGUGCCUGGCGCAGCAGGGGAGUGAAAACGGCAAGUCGAUGAAAGUUCCGAAAGCAAUUGCUAAGACGCCCGAGCCGGUGUCCAGUUCAUCGCCCGUUUCGGACGUAGAGCCAACAACGACGACAGCGCUGGUGAAGCACAUAACUGGCGAUGAGGUGAAGCGGGAGCAGGAAGAGGAGGAGAAAGAGCCACUUAUAUGUCAGGAGUGCGCUACUGGCAAAUCGAAUGCCUGCUGCAUUUGCCACGAGCAUCAAUUGCCAGCCAGCUCGCCGCCGACAUCGCCAAUCAAGCUCGAGACAGAGGAGUCUUCUGCGGCCAACAACAAGCUGAUCCACUGCAGCCAGCCACUGUGCAACAGUGUGUUCCAUGCCAGCUGCUGCAAGUAUUGGCCGCAGGCGAACGUCAGCAACUCCAUGACACGCUGCCCGAUGCACGUGUGCCACACCUGCGUCUCGGAAGAUCCCAGCGGCAAGUACCAGCAGCUGGGCAGCGCCAAGCUGACGAAGUGCGUCAAGUGUCCGGCCACAUAUCACCAGGACUCUCGCUGCAUUCCAGCCGGCUCACGCAUGCUUACCGUCACCCAUCUGAUCUGCCCCAGGCACAACAUUGCCAAGGCGGACGCCAACCUAAAUGUGCUGUGGUGCUACAUCUGCGUGCGUGGCGGCGAGCUACUCUGCUGCGAGACCUGCCCCAUUGCGGUGCACGCGCACUGCCGCAACAUUCCAAUCAAGACCAACGAGAGCUACAUCUGCGAGGAGUGCGAGAGCGGACGUCUGCCACUCUAUGGUGAGAUCGUGUGGGCCAAAUUCAAUAACUUCCGUUGGUGGCCUGCCAUCAUAUUGCCGCCCACGGAGAUACCCAACAAUAUACUGAAGAAGCCGCAUGGCAUGAAUGAUUUUGUGGUGCGUUUCUUUGGCACCAACGAUCACGGCUGGAUAUCGCGUAGACGCGUUUAUCUGUAUAUUGAGGGCGACACUGGCGACGGCAACAAGAGUAAGUCCCUAAUGUCUAAACGCUAUACGGCCGGCGUGGAGGAGGCAACACGUUUCCUCAAGAUCAUCAAGGAGAAACGGCAGGAACAGGCGUUGGGUCGAUUAAAUGGAAAUAAGCUUCACCCGCCGCCGUAUGUCAAGAUCAAGACUAACAAGCCAGUGCCGCCCGUGCGAUUCGUCUACAACGAGGAAGACCUGAACAUCUGCGACUGCAAGCCAGGCAGCGCCCAUCCCUGUGGCCCCGAGUCGGGUUGCCUCAAUCGCAUGCUCUACCACGAAUGCCAUCCGGAUCACUGUCAUGCAGGCGCCAGAUGCGAGAAUCAACUGUUUGAGCUGCGGAAGUCGCCACGUCUUGAGGUCGUCUACAUGAAUGAACGCGGCUUUGGUCUGGUCUGCCGCGAGCCCAUUCAGGAAGGCGACUUCAUUAUCGAGUAUGUCGGCGAGGUAAUCAAUCAUGCCGAAUUCCAGCGUCGCAUGGCCCAAAAGACAAAGAAUCGGGAUGAGAACUUUUAUUUCCUGGGCGUAGAGAAAGAUUUCAUCAUUGAUGCGGGUCCCAAGGGAAAUCUGGCUCGCUUCAUGAAUCAUUCCUGUGAGCCGAACUGCGCAACCCAAAAGUGGACAGUGAAUUGUAAUAAUCGAGUGGGACUCUUCGCCAUCAAGGACAUACCAGCGAAUACUGAGCUUACGUUCAAUUACCUAUGGGAUGAUCUGAUGAACAAUGGCAAGAAGGCUUGCUUCUGCGGCGCCAAGCGUUGUUCCGGUGAGAUUGGCGGCAAGCUGAAGGACGAAGAGAUGAAGGACACGAAACUAAAGCAAUUGGCAAGACAGAAGGGCAUUCGCAUUAAUGUCAGCGCGCCCAAGAAGAAGACAGUUAAGAGGGCCAAAACCAAGCAGAUCAGUGUAGAUGCUGUACCCACAACGGAAUCAACAGCGGAUGCUGCAGAGACUACAACUGGAACUGCUGAUGCGACUAGUAAUGUGGCUGAGGCUGCUGCCUCUGCCGUGUCGGAACCGUAGUUUAAUAGACCUGAUUAUAGAUUAUUUUAUAUAUAUAUAUAUACAUUUACGGCAUAUUUGUUGCUUAUUAUCUUUUUUAUUGCAUUUUUUAUACACAACUCAUUGAAUAACGUUGGACUAUGGACGCUUUUAUAUUUCCCUAUAUAAUUUAUUGUUUGUUAUCAUUAAGUAAGAACGUUGUAGGACAGUUAAGAGUCAUGAAAAUGUAUAUUUAAAAUGUUUUGAAAUUUUUGGAAAGAAUAAACGCAAAAGGCAUUGCACGGAUUCAGU